CUCUGCUGGUCGAUACAGGAAGUUCUAAUAUGUGGGUCGGCGCGAACAAAUCCUACACUCCCACGAGCACCAGCUACUAUACUGGCAACACCGUCGUACGGCCCACAGUUUUCUCCCUUCGGACAUUAAAGCCUGAUGUCACAUUGGUAGUAUGUAGCAUACGGCUCCGGAAAUUUCUCUGGGGUAGAAUAUAUAGACACAGUAUCGUUCGGCAAUGGCCUUACCAUCAACCAGCAAUCCAUCGGUGUCGCCACCCAGUCCCAGGGUCUUAGCGGCACUGGUAUCGAUGGGGUCCUUGGUCCUUGGUCCUGCAGACCUCACCCAAGGCACCAUCUCCAAUGUCGACACCGUGCCCACCGUGGUUGACAAUCUAUACAGCCAAGGAAUGAUCAGCAGUGCCGUCCUGGGGAUCUACUUCGCCCCGGCGUCUGAUUCCAACUCAGGCAAGCUCACAUUUGGUGGCUACGACCCAUCUGUUAUCACCAGCACCGUACAUUACACACCGAUCACGGAUACUUCUUCGUCGAACCUCUUCUGGGGAUAUAAUCAAUCUAUCACGUAUGGCGGAAAGACGAUCUUACCCAACUCGGCUGGUACCGUUGACACUGGCACCACUCUGAUCCUCAUCGCUACUGACGCGUUCCAGACAUACCAAUCCGCAACCGGUGGCGUCAUGGAUAAUGCCACCGGGUUAUUGCGCAUCACGCCAUCACAAUACAACAACCUCCAAACACUGAGCUUCCACAUUGGAACGCAGACCUACGAUCUCAUCCCUAACGCACAGAUAUGGCCUCGGUCUCUCAACUACGCAAUCGGCGGGAGCAGCGGUAGCAUCUACCUGGUCGUCAACGACAUCGGAUAUCCAUCUGGGUCUGGCAUGGACUUCACGAACGGAUAUACUUUCUUGGAACGUUACUAUAGCAUUUAUGACACUACUAACGCCCGUGUCGGAUUCGUAGCCACCAGGUAUACUAAUUCCACAAGUAACUAAUCUACCAAAAUUUUGUCAUAGACAACAUGCGAGCACAGUUUGCUCAAUAUACCCUGUCCAUUGGUACAAACUCGAAUACUGGAUGUGGUACCUUGAAGUUACCUCUGACGCAGUCGUUCAACAAGCUGUGAAGCGAUCACGUAUUGAAAAGCACUUCAUGCCCGA